CCAUUUGUCCGGUUUGAUCUGCGUGAAUCUUUUCUCGCCCGUUCCCGAAUUGAUAUUCAUUGUUCUUUGCUUGAUGUGGAUUGGGUUUUUCUUUUUGUCUCUUCUUUGUUUUGCUUCCAUGUUUUCUUGUGUUUAUGGCAUUGGAUUUGGUUUUCCGUGUUCCUGUUGCUGGAUCAUCAGAUCAAGUUUAGAUGGUCUUGGUUGCUGUCGAAAUGUGAGACGUCUAUGUUGAUGAGCUGAUGGAAUGCAGGAUGAUUUGGGUAGAUUUCGACGAGACUCGUAAGGAUGAAAUGGGCCUCAAUUAAGUGUGCCUUGCUGGUAGAUUCUCUUUAGCCUCUCCUAUUAGAGCCUACCCUUUUACUUGUAUGGGUCUGUGAUAUUAAGAAGCAAUGUCGAUUCAUUCAUGAGGAAUGUGGAAUACAUAAGCCGAUGAAAUGUAGGAUGAUUUGGGUAGAUUUCGGCAAAAUUCGGAAAGGUGAAAUGCGCCUCAAUUAAGUGUGCCUUGCUGGUAGAUUCUCUUUAGCCUCUCUUAUUGGAGCCUACUCCUUUACUUGUGUGGGUCUAUGAUAUUGAGAAGCAAUGUCGAUUCAUUCAUGAGGCAUGUGGAAAAGAUAAGAAGGAUUAUUAUAUGCUUGUCUUCUUCUCUUUUCGUGAAUAUGUCAUUUAGUUACCUGUUGGACAAGUUUAGAGCCUUAUGAUGAACUUUUGAUUCUUGUGAUAACUCUUAAAUGGUAGGCUUGAUUAUGAGAUUAUGUCUUUACUCUUGAUGUGAUUCAGUACUCUUGAAAGCUAUCAAUCUUGAUGUUGGUAGCAGAAAUUGCUUCCUGUGCUUCACUCUUCCCUACUCUCUCUCAGAUUUUCCUAAUUGAACUGAUCUCAUUCCUCACCACGUGGAUUCCUUGAUUCAUGCCUGUGCAUAAUUUACGACUGCCUUAAGUAUCACCCUGAUUAAUUAAGGGGAAAAAAGAAUUUAUCAUCUUGAUUUAUCUUCAAAAAAAACUUCUGAUAAUGUGUUUUCUUGAUAUUUCAGUAUGCAUGCUUAAUAAAACUGAUCCCUUCUCUUACCCAAGAUGAAAAAGCCAUUUAGUAAUUCUGAAGAUCAGUCCUUUUCACAUGAUUGUGUGAAACAUGCUUUCUUAUGCUUGAGACCAUUUAAUUGUUCCUUUCAUGACAAACCAUCCUGCAAAAAUUGCUUCUUUCAUUGUAUCAUCUGCUCAGAGGAACAACACUCCAGAAUGAGAUUAUAAUUUUAGAGUUAUCUGUUAGUUGAGAAGUAACAUCUCAGCAGCUUUCAGCCUAAUCUCUAGCCAUCUGAUUUGGGAGUUAUUGUCUUAAGAGCGAUGAGAACCGAAGUAAUUGAUACAUGCACAGUUAAAGAGCCAGAUCAUGUUGCUGUAGGUUCAAAUGACUCGAUCCAUCAAAAUGAGGAAACAAUGGAGAUGAAAGAAUAUGAGGUCAAGGAAUGCACUGCUGAAGACUCCAUGUCAUCAUCUGAACUUGGCCUUGAAGAAAAACAUGAGGAUGGCAAGACUAUGGUGACAAAACACCGUGGGACUGGCUUGCAUGAUGAGAAGGCCAAAUCGGAAGCUCAGAGGAAAAAGGACAACGGCAAGUCAUCAGUGCCGGCAAAGCACGGGACGAAAUGCAAUCGAACGCAGUGUACUGUCCCACAACCAUUUUCCUUGGCAACUGAAAAGCGUGCUAAUGGCAUUCGCCAGAGUGGGGCUGAAUCAGAUGGGCCGAAAGCUGCUGUUAAGUACAUAAAUGGGAACUCAGUGAAAGCACCAGAUAAUGACACGAAAUGUAAUCAGACACCACCUUCAUUAUCGAGGAAGCCCCUGCAACCAGAUAAUAAGAAAAAUCCCGAUGAGGAAGAUUCGUGUUCCAUUGCUUCUGUCACUUCUGGAUUGGCUCAUGUCAAGUCCCAAAUGACCAUGGCAUCAGCUCCCCUGUUAAGAUGCACUGAACGUGCAGAAAAAAGGAGAGAGUUUUACUCCAAGUUGGAAGAGAAACACCAAGCAAUUGAGGCAGAGAAAACCCAGUCCAAGGCAAGGACCAAGGAAGAGAGUGAAGCAGCUAUUAAGCAACUGAGAAAGAGUAUGAUGUUCAAGGCGACCCCAAUGCCGAGGUUCUACCACGAGGGGCCUCCUCCAAAAGUCGAACUCAAGAAGGUGCCACCAACCCGUGCAAAAUCACCAAAACUGGGUCGAAGGAAUAGUCAUGGAAAUUCAUAUAGUUCUACUCGAAGAGAUCUGGUGAAAACAAGUUCUCUUCAGGGAAAUCGUCGAAGCUUGAGCCAUUCCGAACUAGGCAACACUUCCAGUGUCACUCUUGAUAGUUUUCACAACUCAGAGGAUGAUCUCACACAAGUUAUGGUAAGAGAAAAGUCCACUUCCCCGCGGACGAAUGGACUUGGGACUGGAGAUCAAUCUAAAGAGUGAGGUGGAACUUCAAGAGAGAGGCCGGGAGAACAAAAUUCUCGAAAGAAACCAUUUUAUCGAGUUCGAUUCUCCAAUACAUGUUGCAGAUGUUUGUGUAAGUUAAUGAAGUGUAAAUUUCCUGUAAGUUAUAUGGUCGUACAUAUAAAAGAUUUCAUGACUUUCCAUGAUCAUAUUUUCUUCUAUUGUCAUCCAAAUAAUAUGGGUUCUUUCUUCCCCUCCU